UACCAGCACCGUCAAAUGGCGAUAACGAACGGAGCGGCAGAGGCGGGGGACGGCCGAAUCGGUUUUUUUUAGAGAUGCCACUAGUCUGUUGCCCUCGCCGCGGCUCGCGGCUGAAUCUCGCGGACCGAGCCCAUCGCCGGCCUCCACCUCGCACCAUCGCGCCCAAAUGCGACAUCUCCUCCCCUGGUCCGCUUCUAACCAGGAGGGCCGUUUCCGUCGGUUCGAUGCUCCUCACCGCCAUCCCUUUACCCGCCUCGUCACCGCAAUUCCUCGUGGCCUCCGCAUCAGAAACGGAGGCUGAAGUCGGGGGAGGAGGGGGAGGCGCAGCAGUGCUAGAAUUGGAACGGUACACUGACCAGGACCAGGGAUUCACCCUCCUCAAGCCCGCUUCAUGGCUCAAGGUGGAGAAGGCAGGCGCGACGGCGCUGUUUCAGCAAGAUGGGAAGGGGAGUAAUAAUAUUGGGGUCGUUGUCAACCCUGUCCGCCUCUCCUCGCUCAAGGACUUCGGAACGCCAGAGUUUGUCGCUGACAGGCUUCUGCAGGCAGAGAAGAAAAAGGAAAGUACCAAGUCUGCAGAAGUGAUUUCUACUGGAGAGAGAUCAGGUCGUGAUGGCCUGACAGUGUAUGAAAUUGAGUACUCACUUGAUAGCACCAGGGGAGGGAUGAAGCGGAUCUUCUCGGCUGCAUUUGUGGCUUCUAGAAAGCUCUAUCUGCUCAAUGUAGCCUACUCAGAUACCGUGGAGAAGCCCUUGGACAAUCAUACUAGACUUGUUUUGGAGGAAAUCCUUCAUUCCUUUGAUACUGUAUAGUUUAUUUCUCUCAAAAGGAGAUGUGUCAUGUAUGACUCUCUUUCUUGUUUCCAGAGUUCCUGUUUAGUUACAAACUUUAAUCCAAACGUUUUGUUCUUCAUAUUUAUUUGUAAAAAGAGUUAUAACCAAAGGAUUACAAUUAGAAAUGUUCUUUGUUUCUUUCA